AUGUCGUUUCUCGCUCGCCUAGUUGAUCAAUGUCUUGCAAUCUUUAUAAGAUUCGUUGUUAGCUUCGGUGCCAACACGUCGUCGGCGCCAGAUGAAGUGCGUCACAUCAAAUCCAGGGACGCUGGCCGAACUAUCAAGAUCCACCUGUAUCGACCUACAGACUCCAGCUCAGAUCCAUCGCCCGUCCUGCUGAACUUCCACGGCAGUGGAUUCAUGUUGCCCUUCCACGGCACCGAUGAUGAAUUCUGUCGCAGAAUCAGCAGUCAAACGCAGCACACUGUCGUGGACGUCCCCUAUCGACUAGCACCAGAGCACCCCUUCCCCGCCGCAUUAAACGACGUCGAAGAUGCCAUUAACUAUAUUCGAUCGCGAACCAAAGAGUUCGACCCCGCCCAAAUCUCUCUAUCCGGUUUCAGCGCUGGAGGCAACCUCGCGUUGGCCGCAACCUCCAGCCUCUUCCCGCGGGACACUUUCCGCUCCCUAUUAGCAUUCUAUCCCGUGACCGAUCUAAGUGCAGAACCGACUUCCAAAUUUGCACCAGUUGCCGGUGGUCGGGCAAUCCCAUUGCCCCUCGCACGCCUCUUCAACCGCUGCUACACUUCGGGGUUUGAUAAGCGGGACCCACGCAUUUCGCCGCACUUUGCCAAGGCCGAUCAGUUCCCACGACGCGUACUCGUGAUCACUGCCGAUGGUGAUUCCCUCGCUCUUGAGGCGGAGGACUUGGCUCAGAGGAUCAAGGCGUUGGAAGCUCGGCAUGUGGUCAGUGAGCGCAUGCAGGGCUGUUCUCAUGCGUGGGAUAAGCGCACGAGGCCCGGAACCCCGCAAUACGAAGCUAAAGAACGGGCCUACCAGUUGGCGGUCAACAUGCUGAAUGAGACUCGCUAA